CGCACAGUGGAAACAUCUCUGCCCGACUCUCCAGCAAACAUCCAGCAGGCAUUUUAAAUCCUCUCAGGGACACCAUGCUUCCAGCAUAAUGUCAGCUGAAGUUGCAAUUCAGAAGUUCUCCUUCCCCUUCUCCUGUGCUGCACGCCUUACUCAGCAAGAUGAGGUGACCCAGAAGGGAUGCAUACAGGUGAAGGCCCUGGAGCUUCAUGGCCUCCAGGAGAAUCCCAUUAUAGGCGAACAAAGCCCUGUUCCAGUGAUAGGAGCUCUAGUGCAUAAAGAAAACCAGGCCCAGGAGAGUCCAGUGCCUUCUCCUGGGGGAGACAGGGCAGCUGCCCAGGUACUGGUCUGUGCUGAAGUUUCCCAGAGUGCUGCGCUCUCCAGGCAAAGUGUGCUUGAGAAACUGACGGUGGAGAGUGAUGAUCAGCGUCCCGCAGCAAAGAGACAACUGUCAUCUGAGAGCGCAGCCAGGACCAUCUCUGUGGUGAAGAAGAGUGCAGUGAGGAAGGAGGCAGAAGAACAGAGGCACCUGAAACCGAAAGCACACCUGGGACUGAAGGUGACACCGUUCUCUGCAGCUACAGGGAAGAGGAAACGUCGAAAGGACCUUUUCACCAACUCUGAUGUUUUCCACAGGCUUGAUGCACAUGUGAUCAGGGCAGGAGCAGAGCUGAAGGAAAAGUGUGUGUAUGAUGUGAAGACAAUAGUACAGAGCAUCACACGAGGGGCCAGAAAUGAGCUGGAGAGGCUUCGUGCCAUCUGGGUCUGGUUGUGCCACAACAUCGAAUACGACGUGAACGGAUACCUUGGCCGCUCAGAAAAGUUGAGCUCCCCAGAGGAGGUGAUAGCAGCUGGUCGGGGUGUGUGCUGCGGCUACUCCAACCUCUGUACAGAGAUGUGCAGAGAGGUGGGCAUCGAGUGCCAAGAAGUGCCAGGCCACAGUAAGGGCAUCGGGUACCGUCAGGGCCAGAGCCUCAAAAAUGUGAAAUCUGAUCACCUGUGGAACGCUGUGCUUCUAGGAGGACAGUGGUUCCUGUUGGACGCCUGCUGGGGAGCAGGACGAGUAGAUAUGGACAACGAAAGCUUUGUCAAAAGGUUCGAUGAUUUCUAUUUCUUAACGGACCCAGAGGAGCUGAUAGAUUCGCACUUCCCCGAUGAGGAGAAAUGGCAGCUCCUGGAAAGGCCCAUACCCCUGGAGGAGUUUGAGAGGAGGGUCUUCAAGACCUCAGCCUUCUUCAAAAUGGGGCUCAGGCUAAUUCAGCCUCAUCAUUUUCACAUCGUCACAGAUGAAGGCGAGGCCAACGUGUCCCUCGGCUUCUCCAGACCUACCACUUUUACCUAUGAGAUCACACAGCACCAGGACCUUCUCCACUGUGGCGCUUCAGAGCAGAGGGAGUCCACCAACUCCUCCUUUGGCCUCCUGACUGUCUCCCAUCGCAGUAUGAAGCUGCAGCUCCUGCCUCCUGCGAGCGGCACAUAUGAUGUGAAGGUUUUUGCCAGACCUGAAGCAGACACCACACCUCUGGUCUGGGUCUGCUCCUUCACAGUCGAGUGUCAGAAGCCUCGGGCCAUGGAGGAGAUCCCGGAGAACCCCUUUUUGUCUUGGGGCCUGCAGCCUGUUGCAGGAUCUCUGGGCAUUGCAGGCAGCAGCCAGGGCAGCGAGGUUGCUGAGGUGGAAGGUGGUGUCUUUGAGUUGGUGUUGAAGACGUCCAGGCCUCUGAUGGUGCUGUGUGAACUGGUCCACCCAGAGCUGGACGCAGCUGUUGCCAAGCGCUGCCUUGCUACUCAGAUUCAGCCAGAUGCUCUGACCUGCCACGUCCUGUGCUCCUUCCAUGGCUUCUACCGACUGUCAUUGUUUGUGAGGGACUAUGAGAAAACAGAAGUCAAGUUCCAAAAUGCUGCAAACUUCCUGUUGCACUGCAAAGGGAAGGUGGUCGGACUGGAUGAGCUCUUCCCUCCUAACUUGGGCUCGGUGUGUGGCCCAGGGACCCGCACGUUGGAGGUGGGGCUGUCCAAAUUCAGCCACACAACGGCGCUGGUGAGCACGCAGCAAGGCAAGUGUAACAUCACCUUCCACAACCAGCGGGACCUUGAACUUCACACUGUGCUCAGCAGAGAAGAGAACAAAACAGCAGAUGUUCCGCUUUCACGCCACCUCUUCUGCACAUACACAGACACCAAGGUGACGGUGAGCGUCAGCCUACCUGAAUCUGGGGUGUAUCGGCUGGGCCUGUACGCCAGGAUCGCCCCUGGUGGAGAUUUCAACCCCAUGUGUGACUUUGUUCUGAGGAACAGCUGUGAUCAGCGGGGGCCUCCGUUCCCCUGCGUCUACUCAGCCUGGAGGAAGGGCUGUGUGCUCUUUGAGCCUCGCGUGGGCCUGCUGGAGCCCCUCUCCUGGGUCCGCUUCAGGGUGAGGGUCCCUGGGGCCCAGAGGGUGAGUGUGGUGGGAGAAACGCGUGCUGAUCUGAAACUGAACAAGAGCAGAGUCUGGGAGGGCGAGGUUUUCAGUGGAAACGGUCUCCAACAACUGAAACUGGCAGCCUCCUCAGGGGAGUCCAGUGACUUGGCUGUUCUGAUGACCUUUGACAUCAAACAGUUGGAGAGAGAAGUGUGAAAUCAAAAGCCUGGCAGAGACCAGAUGGAUAGUUCUCCGAAUAUAAUAAUGAACUGGUUACUGCCCGAUGAAGUUACUGAUAUGAACUAAUGCAAAUCAGACGGGGGUUAAAAAUAUUUGCAAAUAAUUCAAACUGUGAGACUUAAGCUUUCAGGAGUAAGUGCAUCAACAUAACACAGCUCACUGCCAGUCAUAAUAAGGUGGAUGAAAAUGAAUUUUGAUCCUGUGAAUGUGUGAAUCCUUGUAGCAAUGAAGUUUUGAGCCAGGUAUUAAAAAAAAAUAAAAAUAAAAAUAAAAAAAUAAAAAAACAGAUUGACAAUGGUGCUCAGCUGUGGUGCUAAGCCAUUAUAUCAUACUGAUCAGGAGUGCAUUUGUGGCUUAUUAUAAUGUUAUGGGCAAGUAAACCUGUACUGUAAAAUGAUUGUCAAAAGGUGUGCAAUAAAAAUAUAC